GCCAUCUGCCUGUGUUGUGGCAUGCGAUUCUGGAGGUUCCUGUGCCGGCUGUGCAGGUGACCAAUGCGAGUUCUCCGCCUGUCCUAAAGUACCCGCACGUCUCCUUUCCUGUGCUCUCUGAGAUGACUUGUCGCGGGGUUGAAAUUUCAGAACGCUGGUCCAGUGGGCCGCUGUUCUUUAAUCUGUCAAGUGGUAGAGUUGCGCUCUCUGUUGGCAUCAUGACGAUGGCGAUGGGAUCCGCUGUGGUCGGAGACAGGAGGAUGCCGGCUAAAGCGAGCAGAACAGAGCGGGCUCUCAUAGUGGCAUAGAGGGAAGCGACGUAGAAGCUAAGCGAGACUUCUAGGAGAGGCGGACCAUCACCGACAAUAAACGCGCGAAAGGCAUUCUGACUUGGUCAUAUAAGUAAGUAGAUUCUUGGCAUCUUUCUGAGGACGAAGCUAGGUGUUUUUGAGGUUCAAAGGUGGCUCACACUCGAAU